UGUGUAUAAAAAUUAAUGUGCCACUGAGGACCUCACUUGACAAUCAAAUUCCACAAAGCAGAGUCGAUUGAAAUGUACAAAUGAAUGACUCGGAAGAUUCCAAGGUGACUACUCCGCACUUCAUGGACUCGAGCGAAAGCCCACGUAGGAGCCAAGACCAAAUGGACGGCACAGGAAUGAGCGUGCAGAGAAGGAAAGGGGUGAGAGUCACGCCUCCCAUCGACUGGGUCCGAAUCUCGCGCAAACCAGACUCUCCUAUCUCUGGUGGACCCCCGACUGAGCCAUUGGACCUACCCGCGAUGGAGGGACCAGACGUCGGGGGGGACUUGAUUCGGGUUCCUCUGAGUCGGGCUCCGCACAGGCAGACUGUGGAGCAACUGAAGAGUUUCCUGAGGGACGGAGCGGCUCUCCACCUUGGAGGAAGUCCUUACUCGUACCUGCACGGGGGCAGCGGCGGCAGCCCUGACGUCAGCCCACAAAGAACGUUCAGUACCUUCAAACCUCAGCCUGAUGCUUCCAGAGAGAAUUCUCCUAUUCAGGUGCCUCCCACCAUGGAGUCAUCCAGCUCGUUCAGGCCCGAUGCCAACACAAAUAGGCAGAUAGAAUUCCCGACUCGCAUAUGCAACAGCGGAGGCUCCCGCGGAGAGACCAAAGCUCCUCAUACAGAUCACGGAAACGAGAACCUGGACGCGUCAGGGAAUCAAAGGUUCAUCUCCAGCAUGGAGAUCAUCAAGCAGCAGAUGGCCAGGGAGAACAUCAACUUUGUACGAUUCGAGGCCACCGACCUGCACGGGGUGUCCAGAUCCAAGACUGUGCCUGUCCGCUUCUUUCAUGAAAAGGCAGUGUACGGAAUCCCAAUGCCAAGGAGCUACCUAGAGCUGACUCUGAGUCCAAAGAGCAACGAGGUGGACCAUGCCAACGCCGCCAACUUCAGCAGUGACAUCCUCCUGAUCCCGGACUUGUCCACUUUCCGGAUCCUCCCGUGGGCCGAGCAGACGGCGAGGGUCAUCUGCGACCCGUGCACGGUGACGGGCAGCCCCCUGCGGACGUCACCUCGCCUCCUGGCCAAGCAGCUCCUGGGCCAGCUCCAGAGCCUGGGCUUCUCCCUGCGCUCCUCCUUCACCUACGAGUGCUGCGUCCUGGGGGCGCCGGACCGCAUCGGGCCCAAGACGUUGCUGUUUCCCGCCACCACGCUGCUGGGUAAUCACGACCUGCCUUUCUUCCAGCAGCUGGUGGACGGCAUGUACUGCAUGGGCGCCGACGUAGACAGCAUGGCCUCGGCCAGCGGGCCAGGCCAGAUGGAGAUCAACCUGAGGCCCGAAUUUGGCAUCGCGGCAGCUGACAGCGCCUUCACCUUCCGCACCGGCAUCAAGGAGAUGGCCCGCAAGCACAGCUACAUCGCAAGCUUCUUCACGGACGACGGCCUCUACAACGCCGGCGUGCUCUCCCACAGCCUGUGGGACGCCGGCGGACGCCGUAGCCUGUUCCAAAGCGGGGAGAAGGCGACGGGCGAGCUCUCCGACAUGGGCCGGCGGUGGCUGGCCGGGCUCCUGACGCACUCGGCCGCCCUCAGCUGCCUGAUGUCGCCGGGCCUCGGGUGCCGGAGCUACAUGGCCAAGGCCGUGAAGGACCCGAAGCGGAUGCUGUACGCCACGUACGGCUGCAACGACAACAGCAGCUCCUUCAACGUCAAGUCCCACGGAGGACGCGAGACCCAUAUCGACAACAAGCUGGGCUCGGCCAUGGCCAACCCCUACGUGGUUCUGGCCGCCACCGCCGCCGCCGGACUGGACGGCGUCCGGCGCAACCUGACCAUCGAGGGCGGCUUGCACAAGGCGCCCGGUCAGCAGAAGGAAUUUUCAAUUCCCGUCAAGCUGGACGACGCCCUGGAGGCCCUGGCCGAAGACCACGUCAUCCGCAGUGCCCUGGGGGAACCCUUUGUCCAGUACUUCAUCGCCAUGAAGAAGUUUGAGAUUGAGACCCAGGAACUGGAUGACGAGAGGAACAAGUGCCUGGAAUAUUUUAUCUAG